ACUGAACACUUAAAAAAAUUUUUGCUUAAUGAAAAGUUGUUUUUCUGUGUGCCAUUCCUUCUUUCCCAGCUGGCUGGGUGUGGGAGUUGACAGCAGCUGACUGAGAGCCUGUGCAGAAGGUGACUGCCCUAAACAGGAUUUAAUAAUCAGGCAGGAGGAGGUGCAUCGGCACGUGCUGGGGACUCCACUUCCUGAGAGGCCCCAUUGUGGCCAUGCCUUCCUUUGGUGGAAACCCAGGCUUUAUCAAGAGCUGGAGGGACCAACUGCCAGCUCUCUCUGGGGACAAGCUGCCAUGGGACUGAGGUGCGGGAUGAGGACCACCAAGUGCCAGCUGCUGGCGACCAGCCUCUGUGUCAUGCUGCUGGGGCUCUCCAUUGCUACGCUGAGCACAGUCACCCAUUACGGGCUCCGUUUCACCCUCAUCAGCAACGUCUCCCUGGACAGCAACUCCUACAGGGUCAUCCACCACACAGCUUUCUACUUGGGGAUCUGCGUGAGCAUGACCCUGAUCCUGGCAGCCCUGCUGAGCUCUGCCGCCACGGUGCGGGAAUCGCAGUGUCUUACUGCCAUGGGAUUUUUCUGUUUUGCUCUGGCCUUUUGUGGAUUGAUCCCAGCUGCCUGCUGGAAAUACACACACAGCACGGAGGUAGAAGACAGCAUGAUGGAUGUAUAUGAUUUCGUGUACGAGGAGGUGAGGAGGAACACCUCCAGCGUCAGGAGGCACGAGCUGACUGCCAUCCAUGAAGCUUUCCUGUGCUGUGGGAAGCACUCUCCUUUUGGGGACACAACCAGUGUUGAGCACGAGACAUGCCCACCUGGYCAGGUGCGCGAUGAGGGACAGGACUGUCUGCAAGAGAUCCAGGAUUUUCUGAAGAAGCACAUGGACUUUGUCUUCUCGCUCCUGGGCAUCGCCAUUGGCUUCACGGUUUAUGGGAUGAUCCUAACUUCAUUCCUCUGGUUCUCCAUCCACUUCAGCAGCAACCUGUACCGCAAAGGCAAAUACAUCCUGCAAGAGAGGUAGAAACCUGAUGCUCGGGCAUCCCUACCAGGCAGAGCCAGCUCUUGGCACAGGGAGAUGUCUGAAGUCACCCCCAAAAUCCCCUGGGAAGGUAUUGUGUGGGGUCAGGUGGUGGGAUGUGUGUCCCACAUUUCCCUUUCCUGCAUUGCCACUGGGCUCAGAGAUGCAGAUUCCUUCAACAGGAGAAGUAUGGGCUGUGGCUCCACAAGAAGGACACAAAGAGCCCCUUAUGACAAAAUGGAGAGGAAAGGCCCAGCAAAACACAGCAUUUAACCAAACUUCUCUCGCACCGUCAUCCAAACAGUUCCCUGCGACCCCCAAAGAUACAAUAUUUCCAGGAAGAUGGCUUUGGAUCACAGCCCAGGAUCCAUGUUGCGCUAUCAGCAAAUAAAUGACACAAAGUGUGUCAGUGCCGAUGGAAAAUGUGCUCUCCCAGCCUGGACACAUUCAAUGAUUAACUUUGGGCAUGUUUCUGAUCAUGCUGGGGAACGUAGGCAUCCAGUGGCUGUCAGCUGGUUCUCCCAUUUUCAAACAUUGCCAGAUUUACAGAGCUUUUGAUAGACAUCAGGAAAAAAAGUCACAAGGGUAGUGACUGAGCUUUGAAACAACUGACCAGCAGAAGGACAUAUUCCUGUAAGUCCUCCUUGCUAAUGCAAUACAACUUUUUUUUUUUUUUUUUAAUUCUUAAGAUUUAGUCAGCCUCCUAGAUCUUGAUGCCACCCUGGUUUCACAGGGGCCUGUUAGGCUGAAACUCGAGCAUUCUGUCCACUUCUGGACCCCUCAGUUUAGGAAGCACAUUGAGAUGCUUGAACAAGUCCAGAGAAGGGCAGGAAGGCUGGUGAGGGGUCUAGAACACAAGCCCUAUGAAGAGUGUCAGCGGGACCUGGGGUUGUUUAGCCCAGAAAAAAAGCUCAGGGAAGACCUUAUCUCUCUGCAACUUCCUGGAAGGAGGUUGUAGCCAGGUAGGGGUUAGUCUCUUCUCCCCAGCAACCRGUGACAGGAGGAGAGGAUACAGUCUUCAGCUCUGCAAGGGGAAGUUUAGGCUAAACAUUAGAGAAAAAUUCUUUACAGAAGGAGUGGUUGAGCAUUGGAAUGGGCUGCCCAGGGAGGUGCCGGAGUCACUGUCCCUGGAGAUGUUUAAAAAGAGAUUGGAUGUGUCACUCAGUGCCAUGGUUUAGUUGAUAAGGUAAUGUUAAGUCAUGGGUUGGACUUGAUGAUCUCCAAGGUCUUUUCCAACCCGGUUGAUUGUGUGRUUCUGUGUUUAUCUUUCCAACCCAGUUGAUUGUGUGAUUCUGUGUUUAUCUGGCUUCACUGACCCACUGUGCUCUUGUGGUAAAAGGACUUUGAUAUUACACACACAACCAGGAGUUUAAAUCUAUAAGAGAACUGGACUGAUCUCCGGCCAGGUCAAACAAUACAAUGUCCAACUCCACAUCCUCUUUACAUCACCUUAUCAAUAAUAAACAGAAUUUGUAAAAGGCUGUCAGUCUAGCUGGCACACUCCCUGGCAUGCUUUGCCCUUGUGGCGAGGAGGCAGAAAUGCUUCUGAGCUGAAACCCAUCAUUGCAAUGGGUGUAGCACCUGCUGUAUAUUAUACAGUAGUGUGAAAUGAAGUUGAACCAGCUUUCACUUCUCAUAGUGGCUUUUAGGCAUGAAAAACAGUAAAUAUCAAUUGUUACUGAGAUAAACAUGGCAACCUCUGUGUUGAUGUUCAGGACAGGUCCUGGCCCUCAGGCAGGUGCUGCUGCACAUACAAGAACAGCAGUACAGCCUACAGCACCUGGUUGGCAUUUUAACAUGGGCUACAAAUACCUUUCACUGGAAAGAGUUGUGUUGUGGAGGGCUGGGGUAGGGCUGUCACUUCUCAUUCCACUCCCUUGGAACCAGCAGAGCUUCACUGCUGACUUCACUGGAAGCAGGAUGAAGUUCAMACUUGCCCAGUCUAAUACACAAGCUACCUCCUGGCAGUCACCAACACACUUCAGUCUGGCAGGGAUUUGGUUGUGACGUGCACUUCCCAGCAUACACACUUUCUAGUGGGGAAAUAUUCACUUACGUGUAUAUGUAUUAUCACAUAUAUUGAUCUCUGGAAAGAGACAAUCUCCCUUGUGAGCUCCAGCUGCUACUGUCAGGCCACUGCUAUUGUUCUUCCUCAGGCCAGCUGGCAGCUCGUGUGACUCAUGGUUGCUUCAAUAAAGAUGAAUUUCUUGCAAAAGGCCAUCAUUCCUCCUCCUUUUUGUGCUGUGCAUGAAGCUGCCUGCAUUGCUUGGGGAUUUGCUUCGGGGGGACACUCAGUAAUUCUUUCAGUGCUGGGAAGAGAUUUUCCCCAGGCAGCUGGUGCUUGCCUGUCCCAGCAGUGGGCAGGAGGGAGAGGAUGGCAUUGGUCCUUUGAAGGARAAGGAGAAGCUCCUCAGCCUUGCCCUAGCCUCAGCCAGCUGAUGGGACAGCAGGCGGGUACCUCUCAAGGAGUGGUACAAGCAGAAGCAGGGGAAAUGCUUAAGGAUGUGUUUAAGCUGUAAAGACCAGAGUAUUCAUAUGAAAGAAAUCUCCAUGGUUUCAUUUUUUUAAGGAUUAACUAAUCAGGUCUUGUCCACUGCUGUGCAUAGGCUGGUUAACUGCUGAUAAUCUGCCAUAUCAAAAUCCAUUGUAGACAAACAAAGUGGCGGAGUCAAUGUCAUCAGUGUGGGUUACUGYUCAAGCCUCAUCAAAGGGUACAAUGCUCUGUUAAAGCAACACCACAGGACUGCUCAAGCUUUAGGUGCUCCACUUUACUAGUGGUCAGUUUUUAAUAUAAAGGCAAAGU